CUGACCAAUGGCGCUCGGCGGGGGGCGGGCCGGUGAGGGCAGCGUGACCCGGAUGUGGUUGCUACGCAGACCCGGGCAACCCGUGGGCGUCCAUGGAAGCGGCGGCGCGGCGGGGCCUGGCCUGAUGAGCGCUUGGCGGGGCCGAGCGAGGGGUGCAGUGGGCCAUGGCAGGAGGUAUGGUACGCAUUGGUGACCAGAUCAUCUUGGAAGAAGAUUAUGAUGAGUCAUAUGUUCCCAGCGAGCAAGAAAUCCGGGAUUUUGCGAGAGACAUCGGCAUUGACCCUGAGAAGGAGCCUGAGCUGAUGUGGCUGGCCAGGGAAGGCAUUGUGGCCCCGUUACCGCCCCAGUGGAAGCCCUGCCAGGAUGUCACUGGUGAUAUCUACUAUUUCAACUUUAAUAACGGCCAGUCCAUGUGGGACCACCCCUGUGAUGACCACUACAGAGAACUUGUCGCUCAGGAACGAAAGAAGCUGCUGGCACAUGGUAGCUUGAAAAAGAAAGAUAAGAAAAAGAAGGACAAGAAAGAUAAGAAAGACAAGAAGGAUAAACAGUCACUGAAGCAACACACUGAGAAUCCUGAGCCAGAACCAGAUAGCCAGAUUAGAAAUGAAGGCAGAGGGAGACCGUCAGACAUAAGUGAUUCAUGGAGACAAUUUGCAGGCAUGUGGCCAAACAAACUGCAUCCCACACUUGUAUCAGCGUUCAGCAGGCCGUGCCAAACCUUAACUGAUAUGAAAACUGUAGAAAACGGCCCACCUUUCAGCAGCUUUGAUGUAGACACCCACCAGGACCAAGAUAUACCUUUGGAAAUGAGAGGAAAUCUUUGUUUCAACACUGUUGGGGAUGUGAAAAGAAGUCCAAGGUUAUUGCAAGCCAGAGAAGAAAGAAGGAAGCAUGAAAUGACUCUCUUUGAUUCCGGUUCCACGGAUGACUGGAAUUUGCAGGAGACAGUUGAUGUUUCAUAUGCUCAAGAACAGCUACGGUCUCACAGCAGAGUAUCUCAGAGUAGAAGUAAGAGAGAAGUUCAGGAUGAGGCUUUGGGUCAAGCUGUCUUUCUCUGCAAGAGUAAUGAGAGCAACAGCAAACCUGAGAGACAGGAUUCAAAGCAAAUGGAGCUAAUGGAACUAGGAGCAGAUAUAAAAGCAGAUGAUACUGGUGGUAUACUGGAGAACCCAUCCACAGUUCCUCAAGAGAUCAUAGGUGUGCAACCCUGUUUGCAAGGAAUAGAUGCAAAGGGAGGAAUUAAUGUGUACCUUCAUUCUGCAGUACGUCCUACAUCAAAACACGUUUCUCCAUCUGCCAAAGAUGGCUGUGGAGAAGACAAAGAAAAAGGUGAUUUGAUAUCAGAAUGUGACAGCAGUAACUGGGACAGUAUUCACAGUGUUAAUGCACCCCUGAUACUGGGGGUGAGCCAUCAGUUCUCCUCUCCACACUGUGAGUCUGGAAGACCAAAGGAUCUGUACACUUUCACGGAAGAGCCUAUGCUGCCUCGUGCCUUCCUGAAAUCACCCCUGUCUCAGAUGUGCAGUCCUGCCCCAAAAUCAGAGGGGGAACAUAGCUCCAAGGAUAUGAAAUUUUUCCAUGUGCUGCAGGAAUAUGAAGAAAGUGCCAGCUUAGAAUCUGAGUGCGUUAGGUUUGUGGUGGAUUCCUGUGGGAAAUACAUUGCCCAGGAGUCUGAUGGUGCUGCUGAAGGACAGAGAGAAAUGAAGAAAGAAAAUGGAAGGACAGAGCAAGAUCCCAGAGUGAGGGAGGAUGGAGGCACAGAAGACUUGUGUGCUCCUCCUGAGUAUCUCUAUCAGAUGGCUGACUGCCAACAAAGCAAUGGUCUCUGUCAGCACAUGGAAGUGAGGGUGACCCGGACUGCUGAGAAUUACAGCAAAAUAGAGGUUGCUGAAGGAACAGGUGAAAAUGAGUCGUCAGGCACCCUGCUAGCGCCCGUGCAGCUGCCCUUGGGGAACCUUGCUCCGCUGCGUGGCCCUGUGGCUUCUCCAGCUGGCAUCCUGCGUGGCUCACUGCACUCAGAUGUGGGAAGCUCUGUGGACUCCAGUCUUGUAGCCAGAGGAGAAGCUCAGCCUGGAGAGACUUGUAAGCCCUCUAGUGAGACCAAGAAUUUGCUGGGAUUGAUCUGUGAAGAGAAGAGUUCUUUAAACACAAUGGCUGCAGAUAAAGGGAGAAGUGAAGAGGGAGACAGUGAGAAUGAGAGUCUCCGCAGGACAACAAGAUUGUUCAAAAACCUGCACAUGGAUGUCAGUGCCCUGGGAUGCAGCUUUGAAUCUGAGGAUAACAGCAAAGCAGAGGAGGAGAACUAUGGUGGCCGCCUGGCUGAUGUCACUGAAGCUCAUCUCCAGGACCAGAGGAGUCCCACAGAGGAAGCUGGCAGUCUGAGAGAGAAGGAGUCUUUAAAAUCAAGACAUGCUGAAGAAGGGCAAGAGUCUUCCUUGGAUUCGGGUGACGCGUGCCCUCCAACUCCAGUUAAAGCCCUUUCUGAAGAUGCUCAUGGUAGCCUGUCUGACCAGAACCAAGAGGAAUCUGAUGGGAAACUCACUGGGAAUGAAGUACUGGGCGAGAAAGCUGCCGAGGUGCAAGGUGACGUCUCUGCAGCUGAUGAGCUGCCACAGUCUCUGGAGGAAGGGAGAGCAGCAGGGACAGACGUGCCCAGCAGUCCUGGGCAACCUCGAGCUGCAUCUCCAGAUGCUGAAGCUGCCGAAGCAGAUCAGCUGGCAAGCCUGGCUGUCACCAUUGACACCGUGUCUGUUGAUGAAAAUAUAGUAAAUGAAAUGAGGGAGGAAGCAGCUGAUGUGAAAGCAGACAGCAGGCUGGAUGCUGGCAAACUUUCCAAGGUAUCUGAGAGCAGUGAAUGCAUGGAGGACUUGCAAGCUUCUAACCGCUUAGACCAGGAGUUGAUCCAGCAUGUGGUGAGCUGCCAGGAGUUCCUUAUCCCUCGGGACUUGGCUUUCCAGAGUCAGUUUUCUGAACGAGUCUUGGAUGUGGGUGCUCUGUCCCCUGCUUUAGACAGUCCCCCGUGCAAGGCCCAGGAGCUGGGAGAAGAGGAAAAAGACCAAAGCAAAGCCAGUGUAGAUGAAGAGCAAAGCAAAAGAACAAAAGCUGCUGAGAGUGAGAGGGAUCAAAGUGGUUGUGAAGCAUCAGAACAGAAGUGUGUUGCUUUAGAAAAACCCAAUCAAGAAGAGGCUGUGGCCCUGGAGCUGGAGGAGGGAUCGCUGGAUAGCCUGGUCAAUCUGGAAGAGCUCACAGCCCCGCAAAAAGCGCAACCUGAGAAAGAAAUAAAACAAGAGCAGUCCUUGAACCAGUCUAGUGAAGAAUCCCUGAAGGAAGUAGCCAAGGAGCUGGAGAAAGAGACUGAGCAAGAGAAAAUGCACUUAGAGCAAAUGAAGAAGGAGAAAAUCCAGCAAUUCCAGGAGGAGAUGAGGCUACAGGAGGAGGAAGAAGCUCAGAAGCUUUAUCAGCAAAAAGAAAAAUCCCUCAGGACGCUGAAAGAGGAUUUGGCAAAGGUUUCCGAGGAGGAAGAAUUACGUAUAAGAAAGGAGGAAACUGAUAGACUCUCAAAGCUGCGAGCCACCAUCACCUCCGAGACUGAGGCAGAGAAGGAGAAGAUAAGGGCAGAGCAAGAGCUGGCACUGCAAAAACUAAGAGAAGAGUGGGAAUCCCUGCAGGUAAUGGAGAAGGAGAGCUUGGAGAGGAAGAAGCAGCUUGCUUUGGAGAAAAUGAAGCUGGAAAUGGAGGAAGCUCAGCAGAAAGAAACGAUCAGGCUGGAAAAAGAGAAGGAACAAUUCCUAAGGGAGCUUAAGGAGAGAUUAGAAAUGGAAAAGAAAAAGGCUGCAAAGGAGCUAGAGAAACAGUUUGCAGCUGAACUCCAGCAGCUGAAAUCUGCAACAGAAGAGAAGCAUCGAAAGGUCACUUCUAACCUGCAAACCCAGACAGCAGAGGCACAGAGGAGUGAGGAGGCUUGGCUGCGUGAAGACUUACAGAGAGCAGAGGAGAAAGCGCAGCAGAAAGCAUACCAAGUAGCAGAGUAUGAACGUGAGCUCAGUGAGCUUAUGAGAGAGAAACGCCAGGAAGUGGAAAAAGACCAUGAGAGGAAAAUGGAGAGGAUGAAAGAGGAGCACCAGGAGGUCCUAGCAAGGAUUCGGGAUCAGUAUGAAGAGGAGGAAAGAAAGCAGAGAGCAGAGCUGUUUGAAGGCCUGCGAGGUGAGAUGGCACGCCUCCGACAGCUUCAUGAAGUGGAGGUGAAAGCCCUGCAGGCAGAGCUGGAUGAACGUCUGACUGCAUUGCAGCACAGGCAUAGGGAGAAGGAAAGAAGACUCCAGGAUUCAGAAAAUGAGCUUGAAAUACGUGCAAAGAAUGUCAAAGCAAGAUCAGUGCAGCUUCUUAACCAGGAGGAGUCUCUGAGAAAGAAAAAGCAGCAGCUGCUAGAUGAAGAAAGACGGACUGAGCUAGAAAGAGAUGAAGCUGCUUUUGCUUCUCAACUCCGCCUUGAGGAGAAUCGGAAGGAGCACACCAACCUUCUUGAGUCCAUCCGGCAGCUGCGUAAGGCUCUUGAAGAGCUCCAGGAUCAGAAAGCCGAGCUGGAGGCUCAGGUGGACUUGUUGCAGACCCGAAGCCAGAGGCUACAGAAACGUAUCAGUGAGCUUGAGGCAGCUGUCAGGAGCAAGCAGGAGAUUUUGAAAGAAUUGGAGGCAGAAGAAAGUGCGGAGUCUCCCGGAAGGAAAGCUGAGCUCCAUCUUGAAGACCUGAGAGAAACUAUUCAAGCUCAUUCAUCCAGAGAGCCUGCUUCCCCGCCUUCUCAAACCCAUGAAGACAGCAACUUCCAAUUUGAUCAAGUCAGGAGCUACAUCUCUGCUGAAGGAAUCUCCAUCAGAAAAGCCAAGGAAUUCCUGGUGCGCCAGACCCGCUCCAUGAGGAAGAGACACACAGCGCUGAAAGCUGCAAAGCAGCAGUGGCACCAAGAUAUGCAGAAAGCACAGGAGGCCGUGCAGGAUCCUGACAACUCCCAGCUACUGGAGGGAAUGCGCAAGAACCUGGAAGAGGAAGCCAAGCAGCUGGACAAGAUGAAUUCGGCUAUGCGGAAAGGACAGGUGCUGCUGAAGAAGAAGGAAGAGAAACUAAGCCAGCUGGAGUCCUCCCUGUUGGAGGAGCUUUCAGAUGAAGAUACGCUGAAGAGUGUUGCGUGCAAGAAGAUGGUGACUUUUGAUCUCAGCAGCUCUGAGGACACAAACAGCAUGUCCGGUGCAAACAUACAUCUGCCUAAGUCUGACUUGAGAACCAAGGUACAGAUUGCGCUACAGGAGGACAAGAUCCAGUACUUGACAAACUCUGUGCAGCACAUCACGGAUGAACUGAACGGGGUCCUCGGCAUUCUGAGUUCUCUGAACGCCUUCCAGUCCCCGCUCUUCACUUCAACACAGGUGCCCCUGCAGGUGCCCUGUGACGGCGUUCCUCUUUCUACAUACUCCUCCUUGGCAGGAUUGCAGGCAGGUGCCUCUUCGAGGGCCCCCGCUGGGGUGUCUGUGCCAGACCAGUGGGCCUGGGGCACUGGGCUCAGCUCCAGUCGCUCCUUCCCGGCUGGGCAGUCAGUGGAUCGCAUCCUGGCAGAGAAGUGGCACAAGUACUUCCCAGGUGGGUUCCCAUCGUUCAGUGGCAGUUCUGGUCCUUCAGACAACAAGCUGGGAUAUGUACCUGCAGGUGAGCAGAUGCGCGUGUUCCAGAGCCAUGAGUCAGACAAGAUGAGUAUUCAAGGAAUGAUUGAGACCAACAAGAAAUGGCUAGAAGACUUCAAGAGGGAUUCAAUGGUACCUCUCUUUCCAGGUGCACAGAAGCCCCCUGCCAGCAGCUCCAGCCUACUUCAGCUAGGGCUGGAUGAAAACAGACAAAUUAAAGUGUACCGCUACUGAAAGGUGGGACUUGAUGUUUUCAGCCCUCGGCUCUGGGUACAGAACCUGGAGAGAUGGUGGCUGGGGGCUGUGCAGUCUCCCUAACGAUGUGGUGGGUUUUGGUGAUACCCAGCCAUCUCUGUCUUCGUGCUGUGCCCUUGAAAUAAAGUCUCUUCGCAAGAGAGUGGAGGGAGGAGGAAGUGAACUUCCCAGGUGGAUUCUUCUAAUCCUGUAAUGUGUCCAAAUAUACUUUAUAGACUGUUUAAUCCAGUGGUGAAAUAUCAGGGCUUCAAUAAAUCAACAGUUCUCUCAUUAGUAUUCUAGAAACCGUGAGACAUAGCUGUGAAUCACGGAGGACUUUGAGUAACUGGUCAAGGGGGAGGACAUGAAUCUAGCUGAGACUUUGCUAGAGGAAAUGUAUCAGGAAAUGAGCCCACGCUGAUGCCCAACAAAUGCUUAAUUACAGAUGAGCCAAGUCAUCUGGCUUCUGUGGCAAGUGCACGAGCAGGGGAGGACGGACAGCAAAAUGGCUGUAGAACUGGGAAACAGCAGAUUUCGACUCUGGGAGAUGUUCCUCUCUUCUGGUGUGGAAACCAUAGGAACAAAACCAAGGAGGGUUUUCAUGGCAGAUGUUGUAGGAAAGAGCUCCCUGCAUCUUCCUGUUUCUGCCAGGCUGGCCAGGACUGCACGGCAUAACUGUGCUAUGGGAGCUCAGCUCACGUAUUACAAAUGUGCUGAUGGCAACGCGGAGCAGGGAUGGCAGGAGAGCACAGAGCGGUUUCUGCUGGUGCAGGCACGGCUAGGGAACUCAGCCUAGUGUGACUGUGAGGAGACAAAGCCCCAUCUGCGUCCUUCCCUGCCCUGGGGAGGGGGAUCCGGAGCUCAGCAGCUGGGGCUCUUCCCGCACAGCAGGGCUGCGUGGCAGACCUGAGCCUUGGGGCCUGGCCCCGCUGCUUGGAGCAGCUCUCCCAAGACCGCGGAGCAGGGCUGGGAGCAGGGCUGGGAGCAGGGCUGAGGGGUUGGCGUGCACUGUGCUCCCGUGGGAGCUCACACCUCAGCAGGUGGCUGUGGUUGUGGUGCUCUGGACGGGCUGCAUCCAGAGCACGGCACCGUCCUGCUGCCAUGCAGGGCUGCUUGAGCCUGGGGGGGGAGAAGUCAGGCCGGGCUUUCGUACUGCUAAGUGGGAAAAGCGGUAUUUGGUUGUUUUAUCAGUCAUUCCUCCGAGCUGACUUUAAAUAUUUAAUGCUUAAAAAAAAUGCUGUACCAUUUGCUAUUUUGUCUGAUGAGAAGUCUGCAUUUCAAGGGAUCCCAUCUGUGAGAAAUCAUCUUCAAAGUCGCUCUCUCUGGAGACAGCUGAUGCGGGGAGGAUGGCGAAGUUGCUGUUCUUCACCCUUCAGUGCUGUUUGUGCUUCUCAGUGUGGCUAAUGAUGUGCAGCAGAGUAAAGCACAGCUCCCCCUCCUGCUUUGCUUCCUGGCUGUUGUGCGCUGGCACAACAUUGCAGCAUCUCGUGCUGCGAGGGUGCCAGGGGAAUGUUUACAUGCAAAUAGAAAUAUAUUUUUGAUGAACAUUUUAAAACUCUCAGGAAGAAUGUCCGUAUUUGCUUUUUUUUUCUUUUUUCUUUUUUUUUUUUUUGGCUGAACUCCUUAAAAUUUUCGAAAUUCCUCAGCCAGCCUUUGUCCUGGGACCUUCUGCCCUGGGUAACAUCACAGCCGUGUCCUUGCUGAAGAAAUCCCAGCUGGGCUGAGCAGGGAGCCCUCGUGUGACCAUGGGGAAUGGCAGCUGGGGCAAUCCCUCCUCCGUAGGAAGGGAUGGAUGGAAAUGCAGAUUUCCUGACACCAAUCUGCAGGGAUUUUGCUUUUGGUUUCCCAGCUGUUGGUGGAACACGUGGCAGUAGCUCUGGUUGUUCUGGUAAUAACCCUCCUGUUCUGGCUCCCUGAAGGUGGGGGAAGUUGUCAGCCUGGUGGAUGCUGUGCCCAAAGCCGUGCAGCUGAGCUCAGUCUGUGUUCUGAAAAGCAUAUUUGGAUAGUGUGGGGAUAGUGUGGGGAGACGCCCGCUUUCUUAGCAAUAAUACAUUUUGAAACGUGUUUAUUCUUCCUGUUGAAACUUGCAAUCACUGUAUCUGGUUUUGUAAGCAAAUUAAAUCAACACGAGGCUGUUUUGUAUGAGGUGACGUUUGUGGCUUUAUUUCUCCCUGUGGAGCUAUUCAGUUGUAGCCCCAGAUAGCCAGCUCGUACCCACCUCUCACAUCUUCCCCUCACUUGUCUCCAGGCUGCUUCAUGUUUUGUCUUGUCAAGGUAAUCUCUGGCAAUUUUCAAGACCACUUCAGCUCACUGUAGCUUUAUUACCAUUAUUCUAUUAGGUAUCUGGCCACGCUAGUAAACGCAGGGGCAGAUAGAUAGAAAGCUAAAAAACAAAACUACAAAAGCAAUUCUUCACGGGGCUUUCAGCCAGCAGGACAGCUUUUCAUGGGCUUGUAUCCUGCCCUUUUCAUAAAACUGUCAUCCAGACUCAUUACAAUGGUUGCCUCCCUCCUGAGCCUCGUGUCAAGGCUGCGAGCCGGGCUGCGUGCCGGCAGAGCAAGGCUGGCCCUGCGGGAGGUGCAGGAGGGGUCCGGGUGCUCUCCUGGCUGCUUUGUCUCUGCCCUGGCUCCCUGGGGAUGUGUCACCCUGUUGGGGAACGGGGCCUGGCUCUGGGGCUGCUCUUGGAUAACGAGGGUUGGAUUAAAAGUGGUUAACUUGCAGCUGCUGCGGAGUUCUUUGUUUUGGAGCAGCUGCAGGUUUCAGUGUUUGAGGUCCUGUGCUGCUGUGUCGCUGGAUAAUGUUCUCACUGGCCACCAAGGAGGGCUGGAGAUGUGCUGUUCUCUGGCCAUGGCUUGUUCCUUUCUCCUGCCAGAAGCCCUAGGACUCCCGCAUUCUGCCCUUCCCUUUGCAUGUUUGCUCCUUUGGGACUUCUUAUUUCAAGGCGGUCUGGUUAAAAACUCAGCUUGUCUUGUCUCAAACACUGGAGUGAAGGCUCCAGUGCUGGGGGACUGCAGAUGUGUAACAGGGACAAUGACAGAAGUGAUGGGGAGAGGGAAUUUAGCACCUGCCCUUAUUUUUCCAUCUCUGACUUCGGCACAGCUGGAAAUCCCAAGUUCAGAUGGAUGGGGAUGGGAAGACUCUGGCAACUGUAAUAUGAUUUGAGCUUCUGGUACAGCAGCAGCAAGACACAAAGACAAAUGUGGCCCUAGGAUGCACAAGGCACGCAGACACACGGAGGGGAUGUGCUGCUGCUGUGCACAGCUGUGCUCUGCAUGGAGGGGGCUGGAAGGAAGGAGUGUGGUUGCUGCUGUACGUGCUGGGGGGUGAGGGGAGCUGCUGAUGCUGAAGGACAGAUGAGGUGCAGGAAGAAUCUGCUGGCCAUGUAGAAAUGGUGGCUGAUAGCUAGAUGCACAUCCUUGAAAACAAAACACGAACCACCCCCAGACCUUGAAUUACACAUUGUCCUGCUUGGCCAUAGCAAAUGCAAAGGCUGUUUUGAUGGAGCGCUGGAAGAGCUGACCCCAGCGCUUAGCCACAGACCUCAGCACACUGUUGAGCCCAGGUAACAAGCCCAAUCAAGUCACUUGGUUCCCUACACGUCUUCUGAAGCAGCUGCUGUGCAAAGAGCACGGGGUGGCACUGAGAAACCCAAAGUCACAUCUGAACUCUGCGUGCUUUUUGGGUGUGGGAGGCAAUGCUGCCAUCCUGCUGAGAGGCAGCCCAAAGCAGUGGUUUGCUGUGUGCCAUGGGGCUGAGGUGUGUGAGUGUGCACAGGUCCGCACAGGUCAUAAGGAAGAAGAGGAUUUGCUUUUCCUGGAAUGCUAGUACCGUAUAUGUUGGAGAAAUUCAGUGAUUAGAAGAGCAAGAGGACAGUGCAUGAUUACGGUGCCAGGAUGAACACAAGCUGUAAGCUCAUUAAGGAGCUUGGAGUCGGACUGCUGGAGGAGGGGACUCUUCAGACACUGCUGCUCAGAGUCCACAGUGCAUCGCUGCCAGAGCUUUGGCUCCCCAGGGCGGUGGGAGCCCCUUGGAGACCAUAGCCAUGCUGGGGACCCUGAUGACAGCGCUGUUUUUUGUGGUGAGAGCGUUUGGACAGGUGAGUCGGAGCUGGCCUGGCAGCAGGUAGCAUUUAAUGCUUUUUGUCUUAUUUCUGGAAGUGUGGAGGUUGUUACCUUGUCAACUCUAAGCUAGUUUGAGCACGUUUGAGUUCCUGUGGCUGUAGCAAAGCAGAUUUAUCAGCAGCUUUGCAGGGAACUGCAAAGUGGAGGUACUUAGGCUUCCCAGACUGGUGCACUAGUGCUGCAAAUGGGGGGGAAUUGUGGAGCUCUUUGGGCUGGAGAGGCAGGAAAAACAUCCCCUGCUUGCUGCUGGGGGCAUGCGACCCUACAGCAGAACCUUGGGGCUGGGGGAAAAGGGUGGGACAUGUCCUAAAGCCCCCUGAGCAGGAGGUCUGGGCCACCUGAACUUAACACAGUGCCACGUGGCAUCAGCCUUAUCCAUGGCCUCUGCGUUUGCUUUGACAGUUUGCUUAGCUUUAGUUCUUAUCUCUUACAGAGGCAGCAGACUUCGCUGCUGAGCUCUUAUCUUUCCUUCCUGACCUGCUGCUUGUGACCCUGUAGUCAUCUCUGAUGGGCAAGCAUGAUGUCAGGUGGGAAGGUGAUGCUGUUGGUGGGAGGAGGAGGAGAGGGCAGCAAGCAUUUCUGUGGGCUGUGAGGUCCAGGCUGGCCAUGUGCUGUGGGACCAGGACCUGGGCAGCUGUGAGAACACCCAGUGAGAACUGCCCAUCAGCGUGGUGCCGGGAUGACGAGCUGAGCAUUGCCACCGUCAGCAAGGGGUGGUGACGUGCAUACAGGAGCAGCUCUUCCCGUUCUCAUCUGCUUCCCCCCUGUUCUUUCACCUGCUCAUAUCCUCUCUCCAUCCAGCUCGGGACCAGCCUGUUCCAAGAGGAGCCCCUGCCGUACCUCGUGUACCAGCCCCUGCCCUGGCAGAUCCAGUGCGUGACGCAGAGCCGCCGCACCAGCCGGGACAGUGAUAGGGGCAGGAGCUCACGUCACAACAGCAUCUACUCGAUUUCUGGAGAUAAAGGCAACGUGACCCCUGACGCCAGCAGCGAGGGCAACUUCUUCAGCGAUCCCUCCGAGAAGGCAGCUCUCACCAUCCAGACCCACUUCAGGAGAUACCAGCAGCAGAAGCAGGGGAAGAAGUAGAUGCCUUGGCCGCCGUGCCCUGAUCCAUCCCUCCAUUUGUGCAUUGUGUUCCCCAGCGAGAUUUGUGGCCGUGGUGACUGUGACCCCGCUCCCUGUUACCCAGCUCUUGGUGUGUGUAGCUCGUCUGCUGGUCGGUGAGAUCUCCUUCCUGGUGGCUCCUUCCCCGGACAGCACUGCCUUGAGGACCGAGGUGCAACCACAGGGCUCCUGGUGGGAGCCUGGCACCCACGUGGCAGAGCUGGCACUUGCCAGCCCUCUCCUUGGUGGAAGCACAGUGCUAAGAACUGCAAGCCUGGGGUGGGGGGAACAGGGCACACAGCUAAGAGCAGUUGGCAGCAGUGAAGCAUCCAGGUGGGGCUGGUUCUCAUCAGCUUCAGCCCUCCUCCGUGCCUGUUUUGUGGCUGGAGCUGAGGCAGAGCAGCCACCUCUCUUUCCCCUGCUCUUGGACCUGAACAGGCAUGUCCCCCAGGCUGUGUGCUGCAGGAGGUGGGGGAGCAGGAGGUAUGCUGCGUGCCAUGAGCUGGUUGUCUCUUUUCUUGGGGAGCGUUGUGGGUCCUGGCUUCAGAGCAAGGCUGGGGGUGAGACUGUGUUGGGGCUGCUCCUUCCUGAGGCAGCCCCCUGCUGUCAGCCUGCUGUCUUGCCCUGUCUCUUGUUGCAGAAUAUUGCAGACCACAGCUGGUGAGGAGAUCCAGGUGCUAUGGCACAAGUGGAAGGAGCAGGAGGUGGACAGAGGAGAUGCUGACCGUGAGCAGUGAUGCUCUGACCGCUGGCGUGUGUUCUCAGCUGCUGGGUCUGAUGCUGGAUUUUCUGUGCAGAGCUGCUGGUGUUGAGUCCUUCACCUCCUGCCUCAUUGCUGUGCAAAGCAGUGAGCUCUGGGGCGUCCUGGGGAGGGUCUGCAGCCGUGGCAAAGUGCAGCGGGGUCACAGGGAGUGGAAGGAGUGCAGGAGCCACGUGCUUGCCAAGCGCCGGGAAUUUGGCCUCUGUUAAUGAAUGCAAAGCCACAGUCUGGAACUGCUGGGGAAGGUGAGGUGGAGCAUUCUUGCUAGGAUGUAGAAGGAAAUCUGUACUAGCCGAUUAUAAUAAAGACUUCUUAAUCUGUU